GACUCUGACUUAUCAUUCUUGUUGAAUUGUCAUUCAGGAUGCUAUUAGGUUUUGGAGUGUCACUUGGUAUAGCCUCUCUGAUUUUCUUUCACAUUCUUAUUCCAUUUUGUGGUUGCAACUUUGGGUUGAUGACUGAGUAGUUAAAAACUGGUCUUUAUUAUGAAAUGGUAUUGGAACAGAGAGAAAAUGAUUAAUAUGUAUUUGGUCAUGGAUGACACUGUAGUCAACUGGGCUGUGAUGAUACUCAAGGAAGCUUGAUGAUGAUUAAUUUGAAUCAAAUACUUACUGGAAAUUCAGUUUCUUUCAGACGUGUGAAUUAGAGUCUCUCAGCCUUAUUAUUAUCAUGAAACGCUGUUAUAUGCUAAUGUUCUUAUCAGUUUCAAAUAGGUAUAAUGUGUACCUCAGGUUUCCAAAUAAACUUUUGUCAAGUGGUUGACAGGGCAAUUGCUAAUUGCUACAGCCUACAGCUUAUAGAUGAGUUAGUACAGUAGUAAGUGGAGCUGCAGCUUUCAGUUUGAAUUGCCGAAUGCCCUCAUCAGGUUGUAAUACCAUCGGGGCUACAAUCUGUAGUAGCUCAAAAUUCUUGCCUUCAAAAGGAUUUUUAUUAACUCUUUCUUAAGUACUAUUUUUUAAACUGUUUUGUGAGGUCAAAGUAGAACUUCAUUUGUCAGCUAGAGAUUGAUUGGUGACAGGUUAUCUUGCUGCCACUCUUGAGUCGUUGCCAGACAGUGACUUUAUGUUUUAAACUUAGCUGUACAUGGAUGAUUCAAUUGUUAAGAUUUGUGGUGUGGACAUCGUGCUUGUUGAAAUGACACCAUCCACCCUCCACACACACAAGAGCUUCACGUAACCCUUUGAAUGUUAGGCAAUGGAUGACUAACUUCAAAAAUGCUCUUCUGCAGAAGAGUUCUUCUGCUGCUGCUAAACGAGAGAGAGCCAUAACCUAGAAACUCAGCUAACUGCAAGGUAGAAACCCUCUCUAGAGAUGACUUGGCCUCCAGAUUGUCGCUGACAACUGAUGCUGCUUCAGUGGAACCUCUUCUUCUUUCAGAUUCAUUUAUCACUAUAAUGGAUACUAAUGACUACUGUGCAAUUCCUCAACAACUUAGAGAUCAACUGGGUGAAAGGUAUCCUGAGGCAAGGCGUGCAUAUUUAAAAACAGGGGGAGAUUUUCCUUUUCUUUCAAAAACAGGGGGAGAUUUUCCUUUUCUUUCAAGACCGGAUGAAGAUAACUUGCAUCUUCAGUUGCACCUUAGGCGUGUUGAUGUGGAAGCUCGGCCAGAUUUGGUUCACAACGUACCUAAAGGUGAUAUUGGAGGAAGCCCUGGCAAAGAAAAUAACAGAGAUGGCUCUGACAAGUCACAUAAGGAUGAUAAAGGAGGGUCAGAAAAUCCACCUGCUAAAUAUGAGAUAAAUCCUACUAGCCCAGAAAGCUCGGGAUCCGGUAAUUUAGACAAGCAGACACUCGAUAGUUCAGAACGUUUCCAUUUGGAUCAUGAACUCACCUUAUAUGCCUUUCCUGGUGGAUUCACAAGGUAAAAGCACAUUGUGCCUCCAGGAACUCCUUUACAUUUCGUGUGGGAAUAUAUUGUUCUUUUAUGUCUUCUUCGUCAAAGAUUAAACGAUUAUUGGAAACAAAGAACAGGCUCGAAAUUAUGGUCCAAAAUGGUGGUAAGCCAUUGAAAUGUUUUCUUAAGUUGUAAUUCAACAGUCUUGACUAACAGUCUAAAUGUAUUGAGUCAAAUCAGAGCUUCUGAACUGCAUCAACUUGCAUUAUCAGAUAUCUACCUCAAUUCCAUUUCCUUCUGAGAU